AUGUGUCAUCCAUCGGAUCAAUCAGGUCCUAUACCAAAAGAGAUAGGUCGCAUUUUUAAUUUAUGGGAGCUGCAGUUGCAACACAAUAUUCUAAUAAAUGGAUCUAUACCGAAGGAAAUUGGGAACAAGACAUCUCUUUCCUACUUGCGGCUUUCCAAUAAUACAUUAAGCGGUCCAAUACCUUCCGCCAUUGGGAAUAUGUCAGAGCUGGAUUAUUUAGUGCUCCCUCAUAACAAACUAAUUGGAGAGAUUCCAUCAUCCAUUUGCGACUUGAGAUUACUGACACUCCUCCAUUUAGCAGACAAUCAUUUGGAAGGACAGAUUCCAAAGUGCUUGGGAAACUUCAAUAGUUCAUUGUUGGCUCUUAAUUUAGGUCAAAACCAAAUCACAGCCCUUCAAUCCACAUUUGCAAAAGGUUGCAGUCUUCAGUCCCUUAUUCUGUAUGGCAAUAAGUUGGAAGGAAUAACACAUUCCCUAAUCAACUGCCAACGCCUGGAAAGCAUUGAUUUUGGUGAUAAUGAAAUACGAGGUGCAUUUCCUUUCUGGAUGGAAGCAUUCCCUCAACUUCGCGUCCUCGUCUUGAGGUCUAACAAGUUGAAUGGUACUAUGUUGGAGGCUUCAAAGACCGAGCAUCCGUUUCCAAAGUUGCAAGUCUUGUAUAUAUCAAGAAAUGCAUUUGUUGGCUAUUUACCUGAUAGAUAUUUCAAGAAUUGUGAAGGUAUGAUAGAUGCCAAGGAUAAUCUGACACGCGUUGGGAAGGAUGGGCUCCAAACAUAUUUAGACUUAGGUGUCAUUUUGAAGGGUUUGGAUCAGGAAUUGAAAAGAUUGUUAGAUACGUUUACAAUGAUUGACUUAUCUUCCAAUAGAUUUUCCGGGAAUAUUCCAGUUUCCAUUGGCAAUCUUAAUUCUCUUAGAUACUUGAAUUUGUCCAAUAAUACUCUCACGGGAGAGAUUCCUGUGUCUCUUGGGAAUAUAAGUAUUAGUAAUACUCUCAUUGGAUAUAGUAAUAGUAAGAUGAAGAGAAGAAAUACAGCAAAAGCAACAAUAAGGGGAAGGUGA